AUGUCGCUUCCCAACUGGGAGAUCACCGACUCGGUGAAACAGAAUCGGAUUCUUGCAGACGUCAUGCGGGCCAUGCACCGUAUUGCACCGCUUCAGCUGGCUGACACAUCGUUUGACAACGUCGGUCUGCUAUUGCAAGCUCCGGCAUCUACCACAAGCCAGUCCAGCGAACAGCAAAGUGUCAUGCUUGCCAUCGACCUGACAACAGACGUAUGUAAUGAGAUUCUCUCCUCGUCUGCCAAUGUCAAGGUUGCGCUUGUCUACCAUCCCAUCAUCUUUCGAGGUCUCAAGUCGUUCACUUUGGCCGAUCCUCAGCAGACAAGCUUGUUGCGGCUUGCAGCGGCCGGAGUGAGUGUAUACUGCCCCCACACUAGCCUCGACGCAACUCCCGGAGGCAUCAAUGACUGGCUCGGAAAGGUGGUCACGUCACGUUCGGCUUUUCCUGAACUCAAAUCGGCCGAAAGUGUCAACGACUUUCGCUCCAAUCCUUAUCCUGCUCUUAGCAUGUCAAAGAAUCCCCCCAAAGGCUAUGAGGCAGCGGGACUCGGAAGAUUGGUCCAGAUCGAUCCUCCUCAGCCCUUUGAAGAGAUUGUGCGCAGAGUCAAGCAGAAUCUCAACCUCGAUCAUGUCCAGGGCUGCAAAGCGUCUGACAAGCCCAUCUCUACCGUCGCCGUCUGCGCUGGCUCGGGAUCAAGCGUUUUCUCGGGUGUCAAGGCGGAUCUUUAUCUCACCGGCGAGCUCUCUCACCACGAGAUCUUGGCUUACCAGGCAGCAGGCGCAUCCGUGAUUGUCACGAACCAUACCAACACCGAAAGGAAGUAUCUACGAGACGUUCUGCAGCACUCGUUGCAAGAAGAGCUUAGCGGAAAGUACACUGUCCUUGUGUCGCAGAACGACCGAGAUCCCUUGCGGGUAUUGUAG